CAAACCUCUUAUAAAUCAACUCCUUUUGGGAUCACAAAUAUGCCACCAAAAUUCAAAUAUAGUGUCAUGGCCUCUAUUGCUAACACCUUCACUUUCCACUUCAUAUUGCUCAUACUUUUUUCACUAUCUCUUCAACCACAUGCUAGAGAGAGCAAGUUCUUCACCAAGGUCAUUCAUUACCUUUCCAAUUCACCAAAAACAUCAUCGUCGUCGCCGGUACCAGCACCUGCUCCAGUGCUGGUACCAGAGUUGUUUCCGGUGACAGAGCCACUUUUGGCUCCAGCACCGGCAACAACCGAGAAAGAGUAUGGUUAUGGUCUUUAUGGUCAAGGGUCAAGUGAGUUUUCCUCGGAGGAAUACCACACGUCUUCCCUAGACGGUUCAAAUUAUGAAACCGCAGGGGAUGAGGAGGAAAAGGCAACUCCUGUUUCCGAAGAGUUUACCUCGGAAAAGGAUGCCCCAUUUGAGAAGUUACUAAGUAGUGAGAGUUACCCUACUAGUAAUAAUUGGUAUUCGAACAAUGGGAAUGGCUACCCAAACUCGAUGAACGAGAACAAUGGGUAUAACCAUAAUGGUUACAAGAAUAAAAAGAAUGGCUACAACCAAUAUGGUUACAAUAAUGGUGAUGGCUACAACCAAAAUGGCUAUACAAACAACGGGAAUGGCUACAAUCAAAAUGGUUACACCAACAAUAACGGGAACCAUAAUGGUUACACCAACAAUAGGAAUGGCUACAACCAAAAUGGUUUCACCAACAAUGGGAAUGGCUACAACCACAAUGGUUACAACAACGAGAAUGGCUACAUCCAGAAUGGUUACACCAACUAUGAAGACAAUGUCAAUGAAUACGCAAGCUCGAUGAAUGAAAACAACGGUUACAAGACUGAUAGGUAUAGCCAAAACAACUACAACUACAUGAGCUUCACAAACGAGAAUAAUGGCUACAAUGGCAAAGGAUACACAAGGUCUAAAGAGGAAAACAAUGGCUACAACGGUGGGUACAUGGUGAAGCAACAAGGAUUAAGUGACACUAGGUUUUUGGAGAAUGGUGAGUACUCUUAUGAUGCAAACAACAAUGGGAAUAACCAUGAAACAAGUUAUGAGGAAGAAGUGAGGGGCAAUGGUAAUGGGUAUAAUGGAAAUAAAGAGGAAUCAAAGUAUGAAUUUGACACAAUGGAUGAGUAUGAGAGGCAAGAGGGUUACCCGGAAAGUGACCAAAGGGGGUAUGUGCCAUAAAAAAUGAAGAUCUAUAGUUAGUUUUUUAAGUUAAUACCAUAAUUAUAAUUACAAAGCAUAUUGGGAAGUUAAAAAAGAAAACGAGGAACUAGAAGAAAUAAUUUCCUUUUCUUUUGUGUACUUUGGAAGAUUAUGUAAGUUUCUUCUUUUUGUUAAAUUCAAUGGCAAAUCCAAGUUUUCUGCGUCA